ACCCCAUCGGAAGAUUUUCGUGCCAAACAAGGAAGAGAGGGAGAGUCCAAAGAAGAGAUCCAGACAUCCCAUCUCAGCUUUCAGACUCCUUCCUUGUCUGACCGUAACCAAAUUUCCAAAAAUCUUCAGACGCUGUAUGAUGGAAGAAAACCCUCCUUCCCCUCCGAAGCAAGAUCCAGUCCCAGCAGCCCCAAGAUCGGGCUGGGGCGGUUGGGGAAUCUCCUCUCUUUCUGUCUUCUCCGAUCUCCAGAAAGCCGCUGCCGUUGCCGCUGAAGAGAUCUCGCGAAACGCUGCCAUCGUAGCUAAGAAUGCGGCGAAGGGGAUCGCAGAAAUGCAGAAUGUGGGUCCCGACUCGGAGCCUGCUAAGGGAGAGGGAGAGGGAGAGGUUGAGCAAUCGUUGGUGGAUGAUGACGGAGUUGAGACCGAUGAGGACAAGCUGCGGAAAUCUGCGUUGGAUAAAUUGGAGAAUGCGAGCGAGGAUUCUGUACUGGGCCAGGGUCUUAAGGCUCUUGAUAAUUCUGUGGAAAGUCUUGCUUCAGGAGCAUGGCAAGCAUUGGGUAGUGCUUGGAGGGGGGGUUCCAACUUCGUGCAGAAGCUUGAGAACUCUGCUGUAAACCUUGCUGAUUCUAUUCAGCAGGGUGGUCUGCCUGUAAAUGCUGGUUCUCUCGCUCCAUCCCUAAUAGAGUCUGGGAAAGCAUUUACAGCAAAGGGAAUGCAAGUGCUUGAACUUGUAGGCAAGGAGACCAUGGAGCUACUGAUUUCAGAGACAGGUAUUGAAGUAGAGAAGAAUCCUAAGGAGGAUAGUAAAGAAGCUGAUGAAGAACAGUAUCUUGAGGAGGUCACAUUUGACCGAUGCUUUUACAUUUAUGGAGGUCCAGAACAGCUGGAGGAACUGGAGGCACUGUCAAGCCACUAUGCACUGCUGUGUAACCGGAGGAAAGCAAAACUAUCAUCUGAACAGAAGUCUUUCUAUGACGGAAGGCUUAGACAGGUGCAGCAAAUCUUCAGUUUGAGCACUGAAAUUGAAGUGAAUGGUGUAGAUGCAGACAAAGGAAAGAAUAUCGAGACUGUAGAAGAGGGAAGUGGCAACGAGAUGAAAAUCAUGCGUGACUCUAGUGUCAGUAAGGCUGCUGAUAUGGCUGCAGGGUUUACAGCUGCGCUAGGCGGGCUUGCUGCAAAUGAAAUAAUUCAACGGACUGCUGACAGACUUGAAACUAUUCAUUCAGAGGGAGUUCAUAGACUCUCAGAGCUGUGUUGCUUUGCGGUUUCCCAACUUCUAAUGCUUGGAAAAUCUGUCAUCUCUAGUGCAAACAAAUUGCAGAAUGAAGAUGCUGAGGAGGAUAGCAUGAAAAUUGACUGGCCUGAAGAUCCUGUUUCAAAGGCUAAGAUAAUCAGAGCCAAGGCCCAAUCCAUGACUGGAGAUGUUGAAGCAGUUUCCAACAGUUUUAUCACUGGUAUUUCGGAUGUAGUUGAGGCCUAUCUAGCGGCCAUGAAAGGCGCUUCUGCUGAUGCCCAUAAUGGCCUUCCAGAACAGGCUUCAAUCCAAGAGAAAGCCAAUGCUAUUUCCGAUCACCUCCACACUGACCGAACCACUGGCCUGGACAAAAUACAGGAUGGGCUCCAGUACUUGGCAUCUGUACUUGUUUCUACUUCCAUUCCCACAGUUUGAAACUUGGUAAAAUAUACUACCGCCCUUCAUUCUUAUAAAAAUCUUUUCAGAUAAAUGAUACUUUGUACAUAUAUUACCCUUCUUCAUCUUUGUGAAUUCCAGUUAGGUUAGUAACUUCAUGCA